AUGUUCUCCGGACUGAAUCAUCGGCGCUCUAGCGUCCUUGCUUUUGGCCUUGUUGCCACAAGUUCUCUUGCUACUGCCGGACCCUGCGAUAUCUACUCAUCUGGUGGUACGCCCUGUGUUGCUGCGCAUAGUACAACCCGUGCUUUAUAUGGGGCUUAUUCCGGGCCGCUGUACCAAGUAUCACGCGGAUCUGAUGGUGCUACGACUAAUAUAACGCCACUUUCUGCGGGUGGCGUUGCCAAUGCCGCUGCUCAAGAUUCCUUCUGUGCCGGCACGACUUGCCUCAUCACCAUUAUCUAUGACCAAUCUGGCCAUGGUAAUCACCUUACCCAGGCUCCACCUGGAGGUGCUGCGAGCGGACCUCAGCCCAAUGGCUUUGACAAUUUGGCCAGCGCUGUUGGAGCACCGGUUCGGUUGAACGGCCAAAAGGCGUAUGGCGUCUUCAUCGCGCCUUUCACUGGAUAUCGCAAUAACGCUGCUAAUGGCACGGCCACGGGUGACGCAUCGGAGGGCUUAUAUGCUGUCUUUGAUGGAACUCACUAUAAUACGGCUUGUUGCUUUGAUUAUGGCAACGCUGAGACCAACAGUCGCGACACGGGCAACGGCCAUAUGGAAGCCAUCUACUUUGGCACUGGCGAUGGUUCUGGUCGUGGAACUGGAUCUGGCAGCGGUCCAUGGAUCAUGGCAGAUCUUGAGAACGGCCUGUUCUCCGGUCUUAGCCCUAUUAACAACCCUGCUGACCCGACCAUAUCAUCUCGAUUCGUCACUGCGGUCGUUAAGGGCGAGCCAAAUCAGUGGGCGAUCCGCGGCGGUGAUGCGACAUCUGGAACGCUUUCGACAUUUUACAACGGCGCACGCCCUUCAGGUGGCUAUAAUCCAAUGAGUAAAGAGGGUGCUAUUAUUCUUGGCAUUGGCGGAGAUAAUAGUGAUGGUGCCCAAGGCACGUUCUACGAAGGUGUCAUGACCUCUGGCUACCCGUCAGACAGCACGGAGAACUCAGUCCAGGCCGAUAUUGUAGCGGCUAAAUAUGUAUACGACACUUCCUUGAUGACUAGUGGCCCUGCUCUUAAUGUCGGCUCCUCCAUCUCACUGAGAGCUACGACUGCCUGCUGCACGACGCGCUAUAUUGCGCACACCGGCGCCACUGUUAACACUCAGGUUGUCUCAACAUCUAGCAGCACUGCCCUCAAGCAACAAGCUAGCUGGACAGUCCGUACAGGUCUGGGAAACAGUGCCUGCUUUUCUUUUGAAUCUAAUGAUACUCCUGGAAGCUUCAUCCGACACUCCAACUAUCAGCUCAUGGUCAAUGCCAACGACGGCAGCAAGAUCUUCCAUGAAGACGCAACAUUCUGUCCACAGGCUGGACUCAACGGUCAGGGCAAUUCAUUCCGUUCGUGGAGCUAUCCUACCCGUUAUUGGCGUCAUUAUAAUGCUUUGGGUUAUAUCGCCAGUAACGGCGGCGAGCAUGAAUUUGACUCUGCUACCUUGUUCAACGACGACGUGAGCUUCGUGGUCAGCGCUGGCUUUGCUUAG